GUAGGUCACUCAACACAAAAAGAUGUCUGUUUGAAUUCAUUCUGCAAUUAAUGGUAUGGCAGAAUGUCAAUAAAAAUACAUUUGGAUAUGUGAUUCCCUGUACUGAUUCUUUAAAAACAGUUUCCAAUGUUUUGUCCUGUCCCAAAAAUUUAUCAGAACUCAAAAAAGCAAUUGAAAGAAAAAGCUGCUACAAGUGGAACCACUCCUGCAGGUCUUUUGAGUACCACUGUGUUAUCAAUGAUUGGACAAAUGAAACAAUGGAAGUUUGUGCCCCAUCACUGCUUAUAAUUGGUGGGAUAUGUACUGAAUUCAAUUUGGAUGAAAUGAGUAUUCGGGGUAGUUUUCUGACAAACUGUACUGCAUUCGAUACACCAUGUCCAUCGGUGUACAGAUCAACGACGUCAUAUAAAUAUUCCGAAUGCUAUCUAAAUUUACAGCGAAGAGGGACGUCAUCAGUGAAAACAAAUUUUACAUCAAGUGAUGGAAUGCACAAGGAAGAUGAGGAAAAUUUUACUCUGAUUGUUUCCCUUGUAUUUGUAUCGGUGACUGUACUUUGCAUUAUAGCAGUAGUGUUGUAUUUCAUCCGAAAAAGAGAGAAAUAUAGACAGAUAUGCGUCGCUUGUGCAAAUAAAAAUAAAACAGAUAAGGGAAGCAAGGUAAGAUAUACAACACCAAAUGGGAGUGACCAGGUGGAAAUAUAGAUAACUCAUUAAGAUGUAGACUAUAUCUCCUGUAAUUAAGACAUUUGUUAAUAAAAUCUACAUUUUCUUUCAAGUAUUUACAUUUUGGGAAUGCACCUCUUUUUCUUUCCCCUGUUUAAUUCCAAGAUUGAUACUG